AUGAUUGAAACGCCAUUCGAAUUUGACGAAGAUGAAGUGCCGUCAAUAUGGCAGAAAGACAUCUGGCAAUUGAAAUGUUUACCGUAUUUUGAUGAACUCGAAAAAGAAGCCGAUGAUCAUUUUAGACAUAUAAAAGCUGGUCUCGCACAUGCCGUAAUACUGCGCGAUACACGACCUGGACUGGUACAUUGGAUCUGUGAACUUGACAAGUAA